AUGGAAAGCUUAUGUAGCUCUGCAGCUGAUCAGACAUUUGGGCCCCCAAUCCAUGGCUGCUCCUACCUGGACUUCACCCUUCUCUUUGAGCAGGUAAUAUUUGGCAUUAUCCCAUCGGCAUGUUUUCUCCCAGCCGUGGCCUGGAGGCUGCUGCAGCUCUUUGGGCAAUCCGGGAAGAUCACAUUGACAUCAAGUCAGCAUGCGAAGAUCUCGAUUUGGGUGAAGAUCAUUCUGAGCAUCGCUUUGAUCUGCAGCCAAAUUACCUUAUUGAUGCUCUGGGCGAUGGCUCCGCAACAUUACAAUAAAACCACCAUUGCAUCGGCCUGCCUGUCAUUGAUAUGCUCCCUCGGCAUACCGAUCCUGUCCUGGAACGAGCACAUACGAUCCGUUUCGCCCUCCAAUCUGCUUUGUAUCUAUCUCCUAUUCAGCACAUUGUUUGAUGGCGUACAAGCCAGGACAUUAUGGUUGCGAUUCCCUUCUACUAUCGCGGGAACAUGUACUGCAGGCCUGGGUGUUCGUUUCUUGUUGAUCAUAGCAGAGUCACAAGAGAAACAGACAUAUCUGAAGCCUCAAUUUGCUAAUUAUUCUCCAGAGAAAUUAGGGGGCAUGGUUAAUCGUAUCGUUUUCUGGUGGCUGAAUCCCUUGUUGGCUCGCGGGUCUCGCGGGUUGUUAAGUCCCAGCUAUCUAUUCCCUAUUGAUCCCAACCUCUCGGCUGAAGUAGCGCAGGCCAAGUUCGAGUCGAAACGGUCAUUGAGUACGUUACGUCCUCUACAUGUCAAGUAAUUCGACGUCAUUGACGUUACAUAUAGCAAUGAACUAUCGCCGUGGAGGACAAUAUGGUUUACUGCUGGCAAUAUUGCCUUGCGUUCGGCGAACUCUGAUAUGGACGGCAAUCCCCCGGAUCGGUCUGAUCGGUCUCAAAAUUUCGCAGCCGUUAUUUCUGAAUUGUGUCAUUCGAUAUCUCUCCGUUUCUACCAAAGACAAUGCUGUUGGAGGGGCGCUUGUUGGGGCUACAGUCCUGAUCUAUUUGGGAACGGCAGCUACGACAUCGCUAUAUAUGCAUGGGCUAAAUCGUGCCAUCACUGUGAUUCGAAGUCUUUUAAUUACUGCUCUCUAUGAAAAGACACAGCGACUGGACACUGUUACGGUCAAUAACUCAGCUGCGCUAACAUUGAUGAGCACCGACACAGAGACCAUCUGCAACAGCUUGAUGCGAUUAGACGCCCUAUUCGCUUCGCCCAUCGAGGUCAGCCUUGCCAUAUUCUUCCUUGCACGACAAAUAAGCUGGGCAUGCUUAGCAUCGGUUGGCUGUGCCCUGGCAGCUGUAUCCCUCAGCUAUGUUGUAGCCGCCCGGUCACCCCCACGCCAGAGAAUAUGGAACCAGGCUGUCCAAGAGCGCAUUGCAACCACUGCGUCAGUUAUCGGUUCUAUUAGGAGCAUCAAGAUGCUGGGUAUCUCUUCUUUUAUAGAGCGGCGGAUAUGUGAUCUCCGGAACUUCGAGCUUGAACGCGCUCGUGGGGCCCGGAUGCUUAUAAUGUGGAGAAACGUUGUUGCAAACAUACCACAAAUUGCUGGACCGAUUCUGACCUUCACUAUUUCCACGAUGGUCUCCGGAAGUGGUGUGGUCACUUCAGCGAACUCCUUUACCGUUCUCGCCCUGAUUGCUUUAGUCACUCAGCCUAUCCAAGUCUUUGUUCAUGGAAUAACACAAGUAGGAGUUGCUCUAGGUUGUUUCAAGCGUAUUCAAGACUAUCUUCUAUUGCCAGAAAUUGAGACUGGUCAAGUUUCUUAUCACAGUGACGAUCAUCAAACAUCAGGUAAAGUGGCCCCCGGGAGCGUGUUUCAGCUGAAAGCCCUCCCCACGGAUGCCAGGUGUCUGUCUGUCCAAAAAGCCAGUUUCAAAUAUGCAGAUGCUACCACACCGAUUUUGACGGACAUAAACAUCGAGAUACGCCCCUCUACGUUGACGAUCGUCACAGGAGCUACCGGCUCCGGGAAAUCUUCGCUACUCAAAGGCCUCAUAGGAGUUGUACCCUGCAUCGCUGGUUCUUAUUCAAAAGACGUGGCAAUAGCUUACUGUGCACAAGAGCCCUGGUUGCCAAAUGUCUCCGUAAGAGAAGCCAUAAUUGGCCCUUCUUACUUUGAUGAAAAUUGGUAUACCGCUGUUAUCCAUGCAUGUGCACUUGACGAAGACAUUGCCACAUUUUCCGAAGGAGACAGAACCUGCGUUGGCUCCGGUGGCACUUUCCUGAGUGGCGGACAAAGGCAGCGCCUGGCAAUAGCGCGUGCCAUAUACUCUCACAGAAAGCUCCUAAUUCUCGACGAUGUACUCAGUGCACUGGACAUCAUCACUUCCAGAAAAGUCUUUGAUCGCGCUUUUGGUCCGGAAGGACUAUGUAAAACCCACCAUGUUGCGGUUGUUCUUGCCUGCAGUGAUCCCGAGCGCGCUUUCUCACCUGAUGUGGUCAUAAAACUCCGAGAUGGAACGGUCACGUCAGGAAUCUCGACUGAUAUACUUUCUGAAAAGAUCAUCACCCUACAGAGUGAGAGCGAAGCAAGACCUACCGAUGAACGACACCCCGUGACAACAGGAACGAAGAACAAACUCAUAGAGUCCCGCCAGGACCUACCACGCCGGCUUGUCGUGCAAGUAUUCGGCUCCAAAUUCCCUACUCUAUGGCUCCAAUACUGGUCCGACCAUGACUUCAAUUACUUCCUCAGCGUAUACCUAGGGGUCUACGGAGCUUGCGCCUUUAUCCAGCUUAUUGGCACCAUCCUAAGCAUCACAUUCCUCAUCAUCUUCCUCGUCGCAAAAAGCUCCCGCCGUUUACACACACAGCUACUAACCGCUACCAUGAAUGCACCCUAUUCAUUCUUCACCACACAUGACAGCGGAACCAUCCUGAACCGAUUCAGCCAAGAUCUCUCCCAAAUCGAUAACCAACUAUCCGGCGCGCUUCUCAUGACGAUCUUCGGUGCCGGAACGCUUAUUGCCGAAGUCAUGCUUAUUGCCGCAGGAAACAAAUACAUUGCUAUUACGGUGCCGUUCGUGAUCACUGUUUUCUACGCCCUGCAAAACUUCUACCUGCGCACUUCACGUCAGCUACGGCUCAUGGAACUCGAAGCGCAGAGUCCGCUCUACACGCACUUUCUUGAGACAGCCUCCGGCACGGAUACCAUCCGCGCAUUUGGCUGGCAAGCUGCAUGGGCGGCGCGGUGCCGACAGUUAGUCGAUAGGGCAAUCCAGCCGUAUUAUACAAUGUUUUGUAUACAACGCUGGCUGAACCUCGUUCUCGACCUCCUGGCAGCGGGACUGGCAAUUAUUGUUGUCACCGUGGCGGUUACGCUAGGCUUAUCGGUGCAUACUGGCGCGAUUGCAGUUUCUUUGCUGAAUAUCCUGGGCUUCAGCAGCAGCCUGUCAUACCUCAUUACUUCGUGGACGCAGUUGGAGACGACGCUUGGCGCUGUUGCUCGCGUCAAAAGCUAUGAAGAGACUGUUUCGAAAGAAGAUGCCCAAAAUAGUGGGCUUAUCCAACAGCCUACGGAUGACUGGCCAUCUCGCGGCUCGAUCAGGUUCGACCAUGUCUACGCAAGCUACGACGCACAACAGAGUCCCCAUCAAUGCAUUUUGCGCGAUAUUGCCCUUAAUAUCCAUCCUGGAGAGAAGGUAGCUAUUUGCGGCAGAAGCGGAAGUGGGAAAAGCUCCCUCAUCCUCCUGCUUUUCAAACUUCUCGAUCCCAUCGCGGGCUCCGUGUUUAUUGACGGGAUAAAUUUACGCGAUGUUCCCUGCGACGUUCUACGAGCCCAACUUACCAUUAUACCCCAAGACCCUCUGAUACUUCCAGGAACAUUACGAUUCAACCUCGAUCCCAGCGGAGAACGGUUCUCUGACGAGGCAAUGCAUUCAGCUCUGGAUACAGUACGUCUAGGGAUGGAUCCUAGUACAGGGCAGCCAUAUUCUCUAGACCUUCAGAUGAGUGAGGGGACUUUCUCACGAGGACAAUGCCAGCUUUUGAGUCUAGCGAGAGCGCUCCUCCGUCAAACAGAAACGAAGAUCCUUGUUUUGGAUGAAAUCAGUGGGAAUGUUGACAUUGCUACGGAGCGGUUGAUGUUCCAGAUAAUUAGGAACUGUUUCGAGCAUGCGACUGUCAUUGCAGUGACGCAUCGGCUAAGGUGUAUUCAGGAGUUUGAUCAGGUUGUGAUCAUGCAGAAUGGCUGUGUCGUGGAGUGUGGAAGGCCCGGGGAGUUGCUUGGUGGGCGGAAUUUGUUUAGGCAGUUGUGGGAUGAGCAGUGA